AUGUCUACCCAUUUACAGGGCUCACAGGAAGAUGAAGAGCUAUACAAUAUUUUAAACUUGUCACCACCAGUGAUCAAUGUUGCUGAUUACCAAAGUGAACUGAUACUUGGCCAACAACAAGGGUUCAUAAAACCAAACUACAACCACAACAACAACAACAACAACAACAACAACAACAACAACAACAACAACAACAACCUAAACCACCAACACAAUAACCAAUUUGAAAACUCGAUUCGAAGGUCAGUCGAACUAACUUUGGAAACUUCGAAUAUGCCACAAUUUGCUGAUGAAGAGUUUUUAUCCCCGCAUUCUCAAAUUAGUCAACACAGCCAACAUAGUCAAGAUUGGUCCUCGCCAAACAAUUUACAACUUGCAACCGGUGAAAAUAGGAACGAUGUUGGAAACAGUUUUGGAAACAAUAUUGGAAAUAACAUUGGAAAUGGAAGCGGCAGCGGUAGUGGCCAUGGAUUUCUUCGUGUGGAUAGUCCACAAGGAUAUCUCAACCCACACUCUCCAGGAAGCCAUUCAGUCUACUCAUCGCAUUCGGCCUAUUCGGAAGUUUCAUCCCAUCCAGCAUCACCCUAUCUCGAUGCGAUGUCUCAAUUUAGUAAUACCAAUUUGGCACCUCCAGAAGUACCGACUGCAUAUUCAGAUGUGGGAUCUAAUUACGGUGACGAUGUGAACUACCCUAAUAAUUACAGUAAUGAAAACAAUGACAGUAGUUCCAACAACAAGAAUGAUAAUAUUUUUCAUGACUAUCGAAAUUCCAACUUGAUGCCAGGUCAUUUCGACAGCUUUGGCUUUAACUCGAGAGAUGGCGAGAUCCCACUAGGUGGAUCUGUCAGUUCAGCUAACUUGUUAAGCAUGUAUCAACAACAACAGCAGCAGCAGCAACAGCAGCAGCAACAACAACAACAACAACAACAACAACAACAACAACAGCAGCAGCAGCAAGAAGAUUCUCCAUUGAAGCAAACACAAAACUUGAAUUUGUUACAAGAACAAAGUUCAGUAUUUCCUAGAGGAGACAUAAAUUUUCAAGACAUGGAUGAAGUGCAUAACCAACAAUUUCAACCUAUGGAUGGUUUGGAACUCGAUCCUAACUCACAACCACCACAACAUCACAAUCAACAACAAAAUCAACAACAAAAUUAUCAACAUCAACAUCAACAACAACAUCAACAUCAACAUCAACAACAACAACAUCAGCAACAUCAGCAACAACAACAUCAGCAACAACAACAACAUGGACAAUUUCAUUAUGAUAAUAAUAAUAAUGACAUCGUCCACGAGCAGUAUAGUUUUGCAAAUCCACAAAUGAACUUUGAACUUGAUAUCACCAUUACACCGCCACAACAGUCUGAUCAAAUUUUUCCACAUCAGCAGCCACAACAUACUUCUUCUACUGCACUCGAUUCCUUGGAUAACAAUGCAUCUCCUGAAAACAGUAAACAAUUACUCACCGAAAAUAAUCUUUCUCACUACUAUACUCAAAUCAAAAAAGAAUUUGUAGAAGAGGACUCUCCAAACAUUGUUAUAUCAAUUCAUCAGGCCCCCGAAGAUGUGGCUGCCAAAACCCCAUCUUUAUUUAGUAAUUCCUCGGCAAAUUCUCCGGGAAAUGCACUUUCGCGAAUAAGUUCAAACAACGAAGAAGAUAGAGUUAAAACAGAUUCGAGUAAUUUUGUCUCCAAUGAUCAACUCAUGCCAUCAUCCUCUUCCACUAACAAUAAUAACCAAAGUGAAGCGAAAGAUUUGUUGAACCCAGAGUACCAGUCAAUUAAACGUGGAAGACGCAAAAGCCAUGCAUCCAAGUCAGCCAGCGCAUCUCCACGACUGCGCUCUAGAUCUACACGAAGUAGAAAUAGCAGUCGAAGCCGAAGUAGGAGCAGAAGCAAAGAUGGUGAUGGAGACGGAGACGAAGCAAUUGACGAUGAAAAUGAAGCAAAUGACAGCGAUGGUGGGAACACUUAUGAAAACGAGGAUAUGAGUGAGCAUGAUGGUGAUCACGAUGGUUCUCAUUCUAAGAAUGAUGGCACAUCACAAAUAUCAUCGCGUGAGAAAAUGUUGGAACUUGCACUGCCAAACCAGACAUCGAAAAGAACUCAAAAGCAUCCAAGCGUUUACGCCUGCCAUUUAUGUGAUAAACGAUUCACACGGCCUUAUAAUUUGAAAUCCCAUUUGAGAACACAUACUGACGAAAGGCCCUUUAUAUGUAGUCAAUGUGGCAAAGCAUUUGCUAGACAACACGAUAAGAAACGACAUGAGGAUUUGCAUACAGGUGAAAAAAAGUACCAAUGUAAAGGUUUUUUGAAGAAUGGGGAGCCAUACGGAUGCGGACGCAAAUUCGCCAGAGCUGAUGCAUUAAGAAGACAUUUUCAAACCGAUGCAGGAAAAGAAUGUAUUCGAUUAUUGAUUGAAGAAGAAGAAAGAGAUGGUGGGUUACAAGGCUCGCUGUUGCGAGCGAAUGAAAUUGCUGAUACUAUUGUUAAUGACAAAACUGAUGCCUUGAACAUGGCACAAGCAGGAAAUCUGAACCUGGGUGUGAAUGGUGAUGACAAUAUCAAUGCAGAUUCCAAUCAUAAUAGAGUACCACAAGUUCUAAUAUCACCGUCACAAUAG